CGUCGAUACGCGCGGCUUCCGCGCCAAAAAAAUUUGAUGAACCCGUCGCGGGGACUCCUCCGGCGCCUGCCCCCGGCCGGCGGCCAACACGCGCUCCUCCACCUGGUGGACUCCUGCCGCGCGCCCGCUGACCUCCCGGCUCUCCGCGCCGCCCACGCGCGCCUCCUGCUGCUGCAGCACCUCCAUUCCCCCACCUCCACCGCCGUCGCCCGCGUCAAGCUCAUCCAGGCCUACGCCGCCUGCUCCGCGCUCCCCGCCGCCCUUGCCGUGCUCGCGUCCUCCCCCGACCGCGCCACCAUCUUCUACAACGUGCUCCUCCGAGCGCUCACCUCCGCCUCUCUCCACCGCGAGGCCCUCCUCCUCUUCGCCUCCAUGCGACCGCAGGGCCCAUCCUGCUCCCCCGACCACUACACCUACCCUCUCGCUCUCAAGUCCUGUGCGGCGUCGAGCAGCCUCGUUCUCGGCCUCCAGAUACACUCCUCCAUCGCCAGGCUCGGUCUCGACGCGAAUCUCUUCGUGGCGCACUCGGCGAUCACCAUGUAUGCACGGUGUGGUCGCCCGGACGACGCUUACGAGAUGUUCGAUGAAAUGCAGCACCGGGAUGUCGUUUCAUGGAACGCCAUGAUUUCUGGGUUCGCUCAUGCAGGAUUGUUCGGCAGAUCCGUGGAGAUUUUCAGGGAGUUGGUGAGGCUGCAGUGUCCACGGCCUGAUGCUGGGACCAUGGCAAGCAUCCUGCCUGCUAUGGGUAAUGCCAAGGCAGAGGACAUCUCACUUGUGAGGGGAGUGUUUGAUGAGAUGAGGUUUAGAGGACUUAUUUCUUGGAAUGCCAUGCUGUCUAUAUAUGCUAUCAAUGGACUGCAUAUCCAGGCUGUUGAGCUGUUCAUGAGGAUGGAGAAGGAUGGGGUUGAGCCAGAUGCUGUGACAUUAGCAACUGUUCUUCCUUCUUGUGGGGAGGUCUCGGCAUUUUCCCUGGGAAAGCGUAUCCAUGAGAUUAUCAAGAGGAAAAGAAUGUGCCCCAAUAUGUCCCUUGAGAAUGCUCUCACCAACAUGUAUGCCAACUGUGGAUGCUUGAAGGAUGCUAGGGAGGUAUUUGAUUGCAUGAGUGUGCGGGAUGUAGUAUCAUGGACUUCGAUCAUUUCUGCAUAUGGCAUGCGUGGUCAUGGGACAGAGGCUGUCAACCUGUUUGAGAGCAUGCGAGAACAGGGUCUGGAACCCGAUUCUAUUGCCUUUGUUGCUAUUCUUGCAGCAUGUAGCCACGCUGGUCUUUUGGAUGUUGGAAAGCGUUAUUUUGAUUGUAUGACUAGUAGAUAUCAGAUAACUCCGAAAGCAGAGCACUAUACUUGUAUGGUGGAUCUUCUUGGGCGUGCUGGGUGUAUAAGUGAGGCAUAUGAUUUCAUUAUGGCCAUGCCUAUCGAGCCAAAUGAAAGAGUUUGGGGAGCCUUAUUAGGAGCUUGUCGGAUUCACUCCAAUAUGGACAUUGGGUUGUUGGCAGCAGACAGUUUGUUCAGAUUGGUACCCAAUCAAACAGGAUACUAUGUGCUAUUGUCAAAUAUUUAUGCCAGGGCUGGGAGAUGGGCGGAUGUUACAUCGGUGAGAAGUGUCAUGGCAAGCAAAGGUAUCAAGAAAUUGCCUGGUGGAAGCAGUGUUGAGAUAGGCGAUCAGGUUCACACAUUUCAUGUUGGCGAUAGAUCUCAUCCACAGUAUGAAAUGAUCUAUGAGAAAUUGGAUGAGUUGUUAGGAAAGAUCAAGGGAAUGGGUUACAACCCAGAAGUUGAGGCUACACUUCAUGAUGUUGAAGAGGAAGACAAGGAGGGCCAUCUUUCAGUACAUAGUGAAAAAUUGGCUAUUGCAUUUGUUCUUAUAAACACUCGUCCAGGGACACCUAUUAGGAUAACAUUGAAUCUCAGAACAUGUGGUGAUUGCCAUCAUGCCGCAAAGCUCAUUUCAACAAUUGCCAAUAGAGAGAUUAUCCUCAGAGAUAUCAAUAAAUUCCACCAUAUAGUACAAGGAGUUUGUUCAUGUGGGGACUAUUGGUAGCAAAAUAUAUGAUCAUCACACAGUGCAUUCUUAUCUUCAAGACCGUGAACUUGUGUGUGAUUAUGGGUUCACUGACAUCGUACAUUGAAGAAAAACUAUCUUCUUUGGAUCAUCUUUGCAUAUCAUCUUCCAAAGCUGAGUAAGAUCCACAGUAAUGGAGAUUAUUUAGGACUUGGUGGUUGAGCUAAAAAAAAGGUUAACCAGGAUGGCUGCAAGAAAUUAUCUCAUACAAGAUGUAUUUCUUUGCAAAGCUACUUUUCAUGGUUCCUACCGUCCCGUUCAAAAAUAUCAACUGCAAACUCUUUGCAUGGGUAAGAAUCACAUAAAGCUAAUAGCCUUCUUAACCAUGCACCAUGACGUCUACACACAUAACUCCAGUCCUUAAUAGUGCACUUUAGUAUAAAAUCAGGGAUUCCAGUACUAGAUGUGAAAGAAUAAACACUUUCUCAACACUGACAAAUUUGAGGCACACAUCUCUCUUUUCUUUAGUUAGUUUUGAUCGUUUUCAUAGCGUAGAUAGUAUUUGUAUGACAAUGAUGCAUAGAAAGCAACCGUACUUAGUUCACAGAUAUUAUGAGCUAUGACAGUUUAGUGAAUCAAGUUUGGUUAUGCCAUGAAUUUCA